GAACGGAAAGGGCAUUGGGAAAUUAUGAUUUCUGGAGUGUUCUGGUCCUAAAAUCUCCCCCCCCCUCUCUCUCUCCAAUCCAAUCCCCUCUUUCCCCCACCCCUUUCUAUAAUUUUCCAAAAAUUAGGUUUAAUUUUCUAAUAAACCUCUCUGUUAGUUAUCUAUCUUCUUCCCCCAAUAGAUUUUACAAAACCCUAGUUUCUCCUUUCUUCUUACUUUUUCUCCUCUUCAUCACUGUAUACAUAUAAAAACACACACACCUGAAUACCUACCUACCCUGCCUUCCUCUUCUUUUCUUUCUUGCAAUGUCAGUCUCCGGUGGUGUUUCGAUUGCCCGAAUCCGUGGCGAGAAUCGCUUCUACCAUCCACCUGCGAUGCGACGUCGUUUGCAGCAGCAGCAGCAGCAGCAGCAGCAACAGCAACAACAACAACAACAGCAGCAGCAACAGCAGCCGAAGCAAAGUGCUUUAGAUUCUAAGGACGUUGUGGCGGCUGCUACUUCCACGAUCGACGACUUGGAAAAGAGGAGUGAGUUUGAUGAGUGUCGUUCUUGGUCCACUCGCUCUGAUUGUUCUGUUUCCGAUCGGGGACUCGCUGAUUCUACUAAUUUGGAUCGCUUUUUGGAGCAUACUACUCCUCUUGUUCCGGCUCAUUGUAUUCCUAAGACGAGUCUGAGGGGGUGGAGAAAUCGUGAAGUUUCAGAGGCAUCUCCUUAUUUUGUGCUCGGUGAUCUCUGGGAAUCUUUCAAGGAAUGGAGUGCAUAUGGAGCCGGUAUCCCUCUAUUGUUAAAUGGCAGUGACUCUGUAGUACAGUAUUAUGUUCCAUAUCUGUCCGGCAUUCAACUCUAUGUUGAUCCUUCAAAGUCCUCUGCACUAAGAAGGCGUGGUGCAGAUAGUGAUGCUGAGUCAUCAAAGGAAACAAGCAGUGAUGGAAGCAGUAAUUCUGGGGCGGAAAAGAAAACGAAAACUGCCCUUCAGAAUGAGUGGAUACAGGACUUUAAUGUUCCGGGGUCACAAAGAGCUCUUCAGAUGAAUGUACCUUCUUCCGAGUCAUCGAGUGAUGAAAGUGACUCUUGCUACCGUCAUGGUCAGCUUGUUUUUGAAUACUUGGAACGUGAUCCACCAUUUUGUCGUGAACCAUUAACUGAUAAGAUCACUGUCCUUGCAUCACGUUUUUCUGAAUUAAAGACAUACAGGAGCUGUGACUUAUCUCCUUCCAGUUGGAUAUCUGUGGCAUGGUAUCCAAUUUAUCGGAUUCCGACGGGGCCGACUCUACAAAGUCUAGAUGCUUGUUUCUUGACCUUCCAUAAUCUGUCAACAGCAUUUCAAGGCAUCAGCACGGAUGGUUUACAAUUCCAUUGGCCAAGAGUUAGAGAGGUGUACACUGCAGAUUGCCCUCUCAAACUGCAGUUGCCAAUAUUUGGACUUGCUUCCUAUAAGUUCAAAAUUCCUUUUUGGAAUUCGACUGGUGCAGAGGAAUGUUCGAAGGCUCACUCUUUGUGGCAAGAUGCCGACAGCUGGCUUAGGUUAUUAAACGUAAACCAUCCUGAUUACAGAUUUUUCGCAUCUCAUAACUCAUUCUGGAGAUGAUAACGAAGGAUAUAUCAUGCAUGAUGCAUAAAUGUGGGAUUACAGUUUUAAGUCCAAAGAAACUCGCUUCUCCUGAAUGUCGUGAAAGUUUUAAUAGCAUCUUUGGCUUCCUUUUUUUCUCAAAAGAAAUUCUACUUUGACCACCAUAUAAAGGGUGGUACUGUACAGGGAGAAUGAUGUUGAUAGUAACAUUACGGUUGAAACGGGGGGAUUGGCUUUGGGAUAGAGUUGUUAUUCUUGGAGCGUCAAUCCCCAUAGUAUUCUAUUAGUCUAUUCUUCCAUGUGUUGAGAAAUGAGUGAUGAUGGGAAUAUGGUGGUUGUGGACAGCGGAGAAACUUCUGUCAAAUACCAACACCCCCAUUCUUUUUUUUUUCUUCUUACUUUAAAUUGUGGGUUAGAUUUGUAACUUUCACUGGCACAACGAUAAUGAUGAAAAGUAUAUCUAGUAUUUUAACUGCAAUCUUUGCUGUAUUUAUUAACAGUUAAUUAGAUAAAGGCAAUUGCUGCUCUGUUUGUAA